AUGAAAAUCCUAUGUUGGAACUGCCGAGGGCUUGGGAACCCUCGGACAGUUCAAGACCUUAGUCUUAUGGUUAAGGAAAAGCAGCCCAUUCUGGUUUUUGUUUGUGAAAUAAAAAUCAGGUCAUGUAAAAUUGUUGGUUUGCAAAGGAGGUUAGGGAUGGAAGGAAGUUUUGCUGUUGAUUCUGAGGGAAGAAGGGGUGGUAUUGUACUGUUUUGGAGAGAUGAGAAAGGUGCUGAGAUUGUAAACUACUCAAAGUGGCAUGUUACUGUAAUAGUAAAAGGAGAAAGGCAAGAAAAAGACUGGUGCUUCACAGGGUUCUAUGGUCAUUCUGAAUCAGGGAAAAGAAGGUUAUCAUGGGACCUAUUGAGACAGUUAAAACCUACAAAUGAUGGUGCCUGGUGUGUGGGGGGAGACUUUAAUGAAAUAUUAUGGCAUAAUGAGAAAGUAGGGGGAAAAAGGAGAGCUGAAAGUCAGAUAAACCUGUUCAGGGAAGCAUUAGAGGACUGUGGUCUGAUUGAUGUUGGAUAUAGGGGAAAUGGAUUUACCUGGUCUAAUGAACAUUCGGACCAAUCAUUUACAAAAGAAAGAUUGGACAGGUUUGUGGUGAAUAAUGAAUGGAAGUCCAUUUUCAAGGAAGUGGAGGUGAUGGCUCAAACAGGGAGAUGUUCAGAUCACUUACCCAUUGUAAUCUCUACUAUUGAUGAAGGGAAUGGUAGAAGGAGGGGGUUCUUUCAGUUCAGGUUUGAGGCUUGUUGGUUGCAACAAGAAGAAUGUGAGCAAGUGGUUAAAGAAGGGUGGAGGAAGAGUCUCUUAGCAUCAGAACCUAUACAACAAGUUCAAACCAGACUGCAGUGUUGUAGUCAGGCUUUAUUAUCAUGCUUCAAAGGAAAGGAUAAAAGAAGAGGAAAGGAAAUUGAGCAGGUAUCAAAGAAAAUAAGGGAGAUACAAGGGGAUCUUUGUCAGAAUAACAUGGAGGAGUUGAAAAGAUUGCAAGAGAAGGUGGGCUUGUUACUUGACCAAGAGGAUGUGAAAUGGAAGUAG